AUGCUACCACGACGUCGGUUUCGUCGAAACCCCCAACGACGAUUCCUUCGCUUUGCGCUCUAUGCCCUCGCGGCCCUUACACUCCUUGAUGUCCUGACAAUCCUCAAGAACUAUCGAGAGUUCUCGAACAGCUUGCUGUCGCAUACGUACACAGACCCAUCGUCCUUACCGACACCUGCACGGAACCAGAAAAUCUUCAUAGUAGCCACGUUCUGGACCAAUGCAUAUGUAAUCUACUACAGAUGGGCAGAGGCCCUGGUGGAUUUGGUUGAAACGCUAGGUCCCGAUAAUGUCUUCGUUAGCAUUUACGAGUCGGGAAGUUUGGACAACACGAAAGACAUGCUGACUUGGCUCGACAAGAGUCUGCUUGCACAGCAUUUCCCCACACUGGAGCGAAGUAUUGUUCUGGAUAACACGACCCACCAGGACGAGAUGGACGUUGGGCCUUUCGACGAGGGCGGCAAACCCCGACCUGGCUGGGUGUUGCCGCCCGCUGGUCAAAAAGGAAAGGAAUUGCGACGCAUUCCAUAUCUCGCCCGCUUGCGCAAUCUCUCACUGAAACCUUUGUUGGCUGAGAAGGAGGCUGGCCGGUCCUAUGACAAGAUCCUCUUCCUCAACGAUGUCGUCUUUAAACCAUCUGACGUUGUCUCCCUUCUGGCCACGAAUCAAGGUUCCUACACUGCCGCUUGCGCGCUCGAUUAUGCCGACCCCGUGACCCUAGGUGGGUACUACGAUACCUUUGUACUUCGCGACACCAACGGCCACCGCACGCUCGCUUCUCAGUUUCCAUACUUUAGGCCCUCCGAGUCCCUCAACUCUAUGCUUCGCGGCACCGCCACCAAAGUCUCCUCCUGUUGGAAUGGCAUGCUCCUGAUGGAUUCUGCGCCAUUCUAUGGACCACGUCCCGACUCUCUCCCACCACCGAUGGACGAUAGCAAGCUUGGCCUCCCCUUUCGCGCCAUUCCCGAUUCUCUCGCGAGCAAACACCUCGAGGGAUCGGAAUGCUGCCUCAUCCACACAGACCUUGCGACCUCCAACCCAUCGAACGCUGGCACCUAUAUUAACCCCUCUGUCCGUGUCGGGUAUACGAUCGAAGCCUAUAAUCAAACGCACUUUGGACCUGAUGAAAACAUGUUUCUCUCCGGCACACAGUAUGUUCUAGCAACUUGGCUGCACCGGAUCAACCGUCUGCGGACACCCAGUGCAGAAAAGCAGCUCAAGGCGGUCACGGGAAGAGUCCGGAAAUGGCUUAAGGACGAGGAAACGUUGGCCAAGCGGGAGCUAGAGCUGGGCAAGGGCGAGAUGUGUCUGAUAGAUGAGAUGCACCUGCUCAUCUGGAAUGGCUGGAAGCAUGCCUAG